AUGGUGUUAGCGGAUUUAGGUAAUCAAAUCUCAUCGGCUUUGGCCAAUAUGAGUAAUUCAACCAUUAUAAAUGAAGAGACAAUCGAUACAUUGUUGAAAGAAGUUGGUAAUGCACUCAGUCGUGCCGAUGUAAGCUUGAAACUCAUCAUUCAAAUGAGAAAGAAUAUUAAAGAACAAUUAAAGUUGGAUGCAAUGGCUGCCGGUUUAAAUAAGAGAAGAAUCAUUAAAAAGGUUGUAUUUGAUGAACUCAUUAAGUUGUUGGAUCCAGGUGUUGCACCUUGGAAACCAACUAAGGGUAAAUCGAAUAUCAUUAUGUUUGUCGGUCUUCAGGGUGCCGGUAAGACAACGUCGGUCACCAAGUUGGCAUCGUUCUACAAGCGAAAGGGAUGGGCAACUGCAAUGGUUUGUGCCGAUACAUUCAGAGCUGGUGCUUUCGACCAAUUGAAACACAAUGCCACCAAAGCAAAGAUUCCAUUCUACGGUAGUGACACCGACAGAGAUCCUGUUGCCGUCGCCAAGAAGGGUGUUGACAUCUUCAAGAAGGACGGUGCUGAGAUCAUCAUCGUCGAUACAUCCGGUCGUCAUAAACAAGAAGAAGAGCUAUUUAAAGAGAUGAAAGAAAUUGAAACUGUAGUUAAACCAGACAAUGUUAUUUUCGUAAUGGACAGUUCUAUUGGUCAAGCUGCAUUCGAUCAAGCCACUGCAUUCAAGAACUCUGUAUCUGUCGGUUCUGUUAUCAUUACAAAGAUGGACGGUAACUCAAAGGGUGGUGGUGCUAUUUCUGCUGUUGCAGCUACAAAGAGUCCAAUUAUUUUCAUUGGUACAGGUGAACAUAUUCCAGAUUUAGAUUUAUUCGAUGCAUCUUCGUUUGUUAGUAAAUUGUUGGGUAUGGGUGAUGUUAAAGGAAUGAUGAAUAUGAUUGCAGACGUAGUACCAAAAGAUACAAAAGCCUUGGAGGAAAUAGCAUCUGGAAAAUUCACAUUUAGAAAUAUGAAACAACAAUUCUUACAAAUCUUGAAUCUUGGUCCAAUCGAUAAAUUUGUACAAAUGAUGCCAGGUAUGAGUAAUAUUCCACAACUACAAGGAGACGCCGGUAACUUGAAACUUAAAGCUUAUAUCAAUAUUUUAGACAGUAUGUCAGAUGGUGAAUUGGAUGGUAAACAUCAAAUCACACCACAGAGAAUCCUUAGAAUUGCAAGAGGAUCGGGUAGACACCCAAGAGAGGUUGCAGAGUUGGUCGAACAAAAGAAGGCAUUCGAAAAGAUGUUCUCAAAGGGACCAGGUCUUCAGAAUCUUGCCAAUAUGGCCAAGGGUGGUGUGCCAAAUCAGAGAAAUCUACAGCAACUCGCAAGCAUGGUGCCACCAGAGAUGAUGAAGAAGAUGGGUAUGGGUGGUUUACAAUCGAUGUUGGCUUCUGUUAAAAAUAUGAAAGGUCUUGGUGACCUGAGCAAAAUGGAUCUAAGUAAACUCGGUGGAAAUCCUUUCGGUGGCAACAAUCCAUUCGGACUUGAUUAA